UUGUGCUUUGAUGCACGUGCGUGCUCCAAAAAUGUGUGUACAAUAAAUACAAAACUUAGUUUCAUUUUCUUCCAAUUGCAUUCAAUUCCAUUGUGUUGAGGAAAGCCAGCCACUGCUUAGUGAUGAGCUUCACUGAUAUAGAUAUUUUAACUUGGAUUUGUUCAAUGAAGUUGAUAAGAAUGUUCUGAUUUUUAAAGGAUUUCACUGGGUUCACUUCAGUGGCAUGCACCAAAGGCCAAAUUGUUCUUACUUUUUGUGGAUAACCACAUGAUUAUCAGAGUGAGCUUCAUGAUCGUAGCUUCAGUUGCUGCAAUGACGAUUUCGCGCUCAAAAACCAGUUUUUCUACAAGGAAAAAGGGUACGUUAAAAUGUUCAGAGCAAGAGUUUGAAGAGUGGGAAAAUAGCACUGUUAAGGUUAAUAAUAAAGUGAUACAGAAUGAAGAGAAGGAGAUUAACUUUGAAAUGCAAAAAAAUCUGCUAACAGGAGAAUUUAAGGACUUGGAGCUGCUAAUAGGUGGUGAGAAAAUGCACAAUCUUACAGUGAAGGAGAUAGUGCAGAAUUUGGUACCAAAUUACAAGCGGAGAGAAGCAAAGCUUGAAAGGAAGCUUCUUGAACUGAAUGGUCUAAGGGAAGAGCAAUCUGCCAUUGCUCAAAUGCAAAAACAGUUAGAGGAAAAGACAGAAAAAGUGUACUUUCUAGAAAAAACCAUUGCUUCCUUUCAGUUAGAUACUGAAAUUAUGCGAGAAAAAAUAAGAGAUGAUCGAAUGUCAAAAAAGCAGCUAGUUAUUGCAAAGAAAAUGAUAAAUGAGAUGCAAAGGAAAAAGGGUGAUGCAGGUCCUGUGAAGGAACAGAUAUUGGUGCUCCAACAGCAAGUGACAGAACUUCAGAAGUUUCAAAGUUCAGGGGGGAAUUCUUCAACAAAGAAGAAACUCAAAGAUGUUCAAGACAUUGAGGUGGAAGUUUUGGAACUUAAGAGGAGAAACAAAGAGCUUGAAUUGGAAAAAAGGGAGUCAAAAGUUAAGUUGGUUACUGCGCAAGCAAGAAUCAGAACAGAGGAGGAAACAAGGUCAAGAAUAGAAGAGGAAAUUGCUGGUUUACAAGAUGUGCAUGAAGAACUUUCAGAGCUUGUUGAAACAUUGCAGAGAAACAGAUUUGACAUGGUCGAGGAAGUUGUGUACCAAAGGUGGCUUAACACAUUGUUGAGGUAUGAAAUUCAGGAUAAUCAAAGAAAAAGUAGAAAGGCCUCGAGAAGAGAUUGCAGCAAGAAUUCAAGCAAAGAACUGUGUGAGAAAAAGCAUUCAUCAACAUCUGAUAUAAGCGACCUUGAGCUUGAAAGCGUCUCCUCCAAUGCCACAUUAGAUGAGAGUGAUGAAAUUGAAACUACCACCUUUGCAAGCUCUUCUAGCAGCAGCCAAAGUAGUAACAGUAGCAUGAAGAUGAAGGGAUGGAGAAAAACCAUACUGCAUUCUAAUACUGCAUCCAAAUUAUUGGAGAACCCAAUACAAGCAAAGAAGAAAAGAGUCUCUUUCAGUGAUUCAGUUAAACUAUGUACUCAUUCAGACAUUGCAGAGGUUGUUGAGAGUGCAGAAGAUGAGAAAGAAAAGAUCGUGGAGCUCGCUUCUAAUGUGGUGAACUCCACCAACAUUGAUUCCAUUGAAGAGAAUGAAGGUGCCAGGAAUAUAGUUGUUCAUUCUGAUGAACUGUAUUCAAGAAAUGAACCCAUUUCUAGCAUUGAUUUCAGGGGCAAAAUCAUAGUGGUGUAUCUGGUGACAUUUUUAUUCUUUACUCUGAUUUUGCUAGCGUGUGUCUGGAUCAGAUAAUGGUAUCCUUAAUUGUAUGAAACAGAAUUGAAUUUGUGGAUGGAACCCCAUGGUAAAACGUAUUUUCUCAGUAUUGUUACUCAUAAUUUGGAAGUUUUUU